UUGCCCCGCCCUUCGCGGCGCCGCCGUCGGCCCGGUGACCUCAGUUCAGCCCUAGGAGGCCAUGGUGCUUCUCGACAAAGCAAUGGCUACUUUCCGCUUGGCACUGAUCCAGCUUCACGUUUCUUCUGUCAAAUCAGAUAACCUCACUCGGGCUUGUGGCUUUAUCCAGGAGGCAGCAAAGCAAGGAGCCAAAAUAAUUUCGCUGCCAGAAUGCUUUAAUUCUCCAUAUGGCACGAAAUAUUUUCCGGAAUAUGCAGAGAAAAUUCCUGGUGACUCCACGCAGAAGCUGUCUGAAGUAGCAAAGGAGUGUGGCGUAUAUGUCAUUGGAGGUUCCAUUCCUGAAGAGGAUGCUGGAAAAUUAUAUAACACUUGUGCUGUAUUUGGGCCUGAUGGAACUUUACUGGCAAAGUACAGAAAGCUCCAUCUGUUUGACAUUGAUGUUCCUGAGAAAAUCACAUUUCAAGAAUCUAAAACACUGAGUCCUGGUGAUAGUUUCUCCACAUUUGAUACUCCUUACUGCAGGGUGGGCCUGGGCAUCUGCUACGACAUCCGCUUUGCAGAGCUGGCACAAAUCUAUGCACAGAGAGGCUGCCAGCUGUUGGUAUAUCCUGGAGCUUUUAAUUUGACCACUGGACCAGCCCAUUGGGAGCUGCUUCAGCGAGGCCGGGCUGUUGAUAAUCAGGUGUACGUGGCCACAGCAUCUCCGGCCCGGGAUGACAAAGCCUCCUAUGUCGCCUGGGGACACAGCACCAUUGUGAGUCCUUGGGGGGAGGUCCUCGCCAAAGCCGGUACUGAAGAAAAGAUCGUGUAUGCAGACAUCGACCUGAAGAAGUUGGCUGAAAUACGCCAGCAAAUCCCUAUUUUUAGCCAGAAGCGAUCAGACCUCUAUGCAGUGGAGGUGAAAAAGCCCUAAUGUUUAUAUUUCCAGUGUGUCAUGAAAUGGGAAGUACGUUUGUGCACCGUAACCAAUUCCAUGGUGAUUUCUUUAAUGGAGAUUUUUUUUUUCUUAUUAAAUUUCAGUCUUUUCUCUUCUUGGAAAGGGGAAGCUCUCUAGAGAUGAUGGAGCAUCAGCUGAUGCUGACAUUCUCCACAUCAUAUUAAAUAGUUAAGAAAGGACUCAGGCUGGCAUUGAAGAGCAGGAGGAGGGGAUGGUUGUAAACCUUCCAUACUUAAGUUGCCUCAAAGCAGUUAGUAGAAGUAUCAGAUGGUAUCAUGGUGGUUGAUUUCACCUUAUACAAAUAAUAUUUAUGUCAUGAACCCUUAUCCCAUUGCUAGAGUUGGAAUCCAUUAUGUAGAAAACUUGGUCUGUGAGCAUUCCCUUAAAGGUAUGUGUUUGGUUUGUGAGUAGCUGUGGAAGGCAAGGUGAUGGAUCCCUGGUGUUUGCUAGAGGAUUUGGCAGCCCCACUCUUCCUAGCAGCCUUUGGGCUCCUCAAAUUCAGGAAGGAGCUAAAAUAACACCUGCUAACCCCCCUCACCUCCUGAAAAACAGUGUUUCAACAGUGAGCCUCUGGGAGAAUGGUAGUGGCAUGAUUUGGUCAAGGCAACUUAAGUGUGAAUCUCUGCAAAAGAUGGGGAGAAUGUUUGAAUGUCUUUUUGCUUUUUUCCUAGUAGCACUUUUAGUUUGUCACAGCCAAGUUUUUAGCCCAGUGGUGUUUAGAAUGUUUUUACACAAUUAAAAAUAAAGAAUUCCAUUGAGA